AGAUCAAUUAUGAAAUUAUCACAUCAGUGAGAGGUUUGAAUGUAUGAUUCUAAGUAGCGGUCUCAAAACAUGUUUCACUGGACAAUACUGAAACUUCCAGAGGCUGAGCAGAAAAUUCUGGACUCACAACGAGCUGCCGUGUCAGAUUCGGUAAAUCCCAAUAAUGAUGAUGAUCGCUCCAGCCAGUCAUCUGGAUCAUCUUCAAAUACAUCACACACAUUCAACAAAGAAGAGACUAAAAACAAAAGAGCUCAUUUCCCAUUUCCAAAAAUCAGUCCAGGAAAAAUGCUGCAAAAACCGGGAAAAGCUGAGAAAAAAGUAAAAACUGAAUGUUUUGCUGAACCUAAAGAAAAGGACAUCGAAAAGCCUGAAGAAGAGGACAAAAACAAAAAUGCGUAUGUGAUUUCUAGAGAGUAUGUAAACAUAUUGUCUAAAGUCACAGCAAACAAAGAAGAAGAUUCAGACUCUCUUGGCUCAGAAUUAGAGAGAAUAAUUGACUCUCCAUCUGCAGAAAAAACAAACAAACUGAAAAGUAAACUGAAGGAGCUGGAGAAUGUUACACUUAACAUCGCUGUAACUGGGAUGACAGGUGCAGGAAAGUCUUCCUUUGUCAAUGCCCUGAGAGGACUUGGAAAUGAUGAUGGGAGAGCAGCUCCCACAGGAACAACUGAGACAACCAUGAAGCCAAACAUGUACCCACAUCCCUUCAUGCCAAACGUGAAAAUCUGGGAUCUGCCUGGAAUUGGUAGUCCAAAAUUUAAAGCGAAGCAGUACCUGAAAGAUGUCAAGUUCGACACGUAUGACUUCUUUCUCAUAGUGACCUCUGAGCGGUUUAGAGAGAACGACAUAGAGCUGGCCACAGCAAUCCAGAAGAGCAAUAAGCUAUUUUAUUUCAUUCGCACUAAAAUUGACAAUGACGUUCGCGCUGAAUCACACAAAAGAAACUUUGAUGAGCAGACGUUGCUCAAUUACAUCCGAGAGGAUUGUAAGUUCAACCUGCUGAAAGUCGGAGAACCCAAAAUAUUCCUAGUAUCAUCAUUUCAAUUGGAAAAAUAUGACUUUCAGAUGCUGAUCAACACCCUCGAGGAUGAACUUCCUAAGAACAAAAGAUUUGCUCUCAUUCAGUCUCUGCCCGUUUAUUCUCUAGAAGCCCUGACAAAGAAGAAAACAUACUUCAAGAAAAUGAUUUGGCUGAAUGCCUUCGCGGCCGGGAUCGGGGCGAUGCCUCCACUCCCGGGAUUAUCAGUGGCCUGCGAUUAUGGCAUCAUGAAGAAUUUCUUUAAACAAGUCUUCACCAGCUACGGCUUAUCAAAUCCAGCCCUGGAGGUGCUAUCAGAACGAGUGAACAAACCUGUGGAGCAACUGAAAUCUGCUAUGACAUCACGCUUCAAAGAUGGAGUCACUGACAAUAUUAUAAAAGAUAUGUUGUCUAAACCAGUCAUUGCUGUAGCCAAGACGCUUGGGACCAUAAUGACUCUUCUGCCAGGAGGAGCUCUAAAAAAAGAGCUUUGGAUCAGGCUCUGA